AUGCCUCUAUCCACUGUUAUAUGUAUCGGUAUGGCCGGUUCCGGUAAAACCACUUUUAUGCAAAGAUUAAACUCUCAUUUGAGACACAAGAAACAGGUUCCAUACGUGAUUAAUUUGGACCCUGCGGUGCUCAAUAUUCCUUAUGGUGCGAACAUUGAUAUUAGAGACUCUAUCAAGUACAAAAAAGUCAUGGAGAACUACCAACUGGGCCCCAACGGUGCGAUUGUGACGUCUUUGAACCUCUUUUCAACCAAGAUCGACCAAGUGAUCAAUCUGCUGGAAAAGAAAGCUGACAAAUACGAGCACUGCAUUGUUGAUACUCCUGGGCAAAUUGAGUGUUUUGUAUGGAGUGCAUCUGGGACAAUUAUAACAGAAUCGUUCGCGUCUACUUUCCCAACUGUCAUUGCCUACAUUGUCGACACACCAAGAAAUAAAUCACCAACCACCUUCAUGAGUAAUAUGCUCUAUGCAUGUUCGAUACUGUAUAAAACAAAAUUACCCAUGGUCAUUGUCUUUAACAAGACCGACGUGGAAGACGCAUCCUUUGCGAAAGAGUGGAUGACUGAUUUCGAAAGUUUCCAACACGCACUAAGAGAGGAUCAAGACAAUGGCACUCACGAAGGCUCAGGGUACAUGAGUUCCUUGGUAAACUCCAUGUCACUGAUGUUAGAGGAGUUCUAUGCGACAUUGGACGUCUGCUCUGUGUCGAGUUUUACUGGGGAAGGAUUCGAUGAGUUUGUUGAUAUAGUUGACAAGAAACAGGAUGAGUACAACGAAUUUUACAAAGCGGAGAGGGAGAGACUUCUCGCCUUGAAGGAGGAGAAAGAAGCGGCCAGGAAGGACAAGUCCUUGACUGGGUUGAUGAAGGACCUGGGUUUGAAUGGGGGGAAGAGCAAAAAAAAGAGUGGUAACGACAGCGACGACAGCGCUGAAGUUGUAAGCGACUUAGAAGAGGGAGAAGAUGAUGGGCUGGUAGAUCGUGACGAGGAUGAAGGUAUAGAAAGAGAGUACACUUUCAUGGGAGAGGAUCGGCUCGGAGGUGAAAUCAACGACCAGACGCAAAGCGAUCUGCAAGAGCGAUACCAAAAGGCCAUGGAACAGACUGCAAAGCAAGCUAGCAGUGAAACUGCAGAGAAUAUAGCUAAAUACAUUAGACAGUGA